AUGGCUGCCUCAUUCAGAUCUCUUCAGACGCACUCCAACAUUCGCGUGUUCUUGCAAGCAGAGUUACACAAGCCUGCCAUUAUGGACAGGCCCGGAUGUAACCAUACGUCUAGCCGCCACAAUGCGGUUUGCCCAUGCAAGCACGUGCCAGCUAUGAAAUGGACUAUUCACUACGAUGACCAUCGUCUACUUGAGUAUCUACUGCGUCACCAAACUAGUGGCAAGUUUGAGAACAAGCAUUGGCCGGCUGUUGAUUGGGUAAUUGAAUAUGGCUAUUGCGAAUCCGAAUUCAUCGUUGUGCUUCUACAGUAUGCACAGCGCCUUGGCAAAGACCGUAAUAUCCUCAAAAACCAGAUGACAAGCUUGCUGGAGAGUCAUGUUGGGGGCCUUCAUGCUUAUAGAGUGGAAGCUCAUAAGUCCACAAAUCGAGCUCGAUAUCACUGGGUAUAUGUGGCGACCAAGGCCGAUCUGCAAGUGGUCAAAUUGCUACUCCAGCUCGGAGCAGAUCCCAUAGGUUUGUCAACCUUAGAAACGAAAUGGUCACAGCACGCGAUCCAGCCAUCUUUCCCUGUUCCCCACGUAUUCAGAGUUACGGUUCCGAACAUUCUUAAGGAGUUCAUAAAGUACGGGGCGGAUUUCUCCUAG